GUAAGUUCCGUUUGCAAACUGGCGCGCCGCUCACUCUCUCUCCUCUUGGGGAAAUACGGAGUCACACCGCCGGAUGAUACGAACCCGCUGCAGUCUCGGAUGUGCCUCAGAGAACGUUCUCCUAAAAAGUGAGCAACUUCCUUCAGAACAGCCGUUAAACUGCUGAACUGUGAGCGGGUCUCUCUCUGUGCUGCGAGCUGUGAGGCUGUGAGGACGCCUCGGCGCUUCAGCUUCAGGAGAUGGACAUCACUGAUGGAGCCAACCAAAAUAAAUCAGAGACCAGUGUUCAAUGAAAGCAGGGAGGGUGGACGCCAUGCUGUGGAGCCCAGCUGCUACAUGCUGCUAAAGGAGCAGGCCUUUUCUCUCUUUAAUCCACUCAUCACUCCUGAUUUUUUCUCAAGGAUUAAUAGCACCUUCAGCAUUGAGGCUGGGCAGGCUAGAAUAACUGUUAGUUUGGCUUCAACCUUUCGUAUCUCUUGUGGAAAGGUUAAAGAACCAGCCAUGAAAUGUGCCAAAGACAUAUGAUGCCCUAAGCCCACCAUGCUUGAGCAGCAUGGAUAUGGGCUGUGUUUUCUAUGCCACAGUCACACUCUGAAAACAGCAAGGAAUGCAUCUUGUGGAAUUUCCUGUCUCUAUGGAUUGUAAUGCUGUUUUUGUUUUGUACCAAAACUCAGUUUUCCUCCAAAAUAUGGCCUGACCUAGGACUUUAGCGCGCUCACUGAUUUCUUGAUUAUUAUAUCAAGUCUCAAAAACAGUGAAGAGAUCAUGUGUAACGUGACACUGACCACCUGCAAUGUUGACUCAAACAUUGACCAGUUCUUCCAGCCAGUGCUGUACAUUAUUGUUAUAAUCCUUGGCUUCCCUACCAACUGUAUGGCUCUGUGGGCCGCUUAUUUGCAGGUGAGGCAAAAAAACGAGCUGGGCAUCUACUUGAUCAACCUCUCUGUGGCCGAUCUUCUGUACAUAGCCACUUUACCACUGUGGAUUGACUACUUCCUGCAGCAUGAUAACUGGAUCCAUGGGCCAGGGUCCUGCAAACUCUUCGGUUUCAUCUUUUACACUAACAUCUACGUCAGCAUCGCGUUCCUCUGCUGCAUUUCUGUGGAUCGCUACUUGGCAGUGGCCCAUCCACUCAAGUUUGCCAAGGUGCGUCGUGUCAAGACAGCCAUUUUGGUAAGCGUCUUGGUCUGGCUUAUAGAAGUGGUGGCCAACUCAGCCCCACUCUUCCAUGAUGAGCUUUUUGAGGCCCGUUUCAAUCGCACCUUUUGUUUCGAGAAGUAUCCGAUGCAGGAGUGGGUGGCAGGCAUGAAUCUUUACCGAAUCUUCCUGGGCUUCUUGGCUCCCUGGUGCUGUAUGCUGGCAGCAUAUAGAGGCAUCCUGAAGGCAGUGCGUGGAAAUGUCUCCACUGAACGGCAGGAGAAGGCCAAGAUCAAGAGGCUGGCCCUCAGCCUCAUCUUAAUUGUGCUGCUGUGCUUUGCGCCCUACCAUGUGCUACUGCUGUGGCGCAGUGUGCUCUUCUUCAGUAACCCCUGCGACUGUGGGGUAGAGGAGAAACUGUUUGCCGCAUACCACGUAGCACUUGCUCUCACCAGCCUCAACUGUGUAGCAGAUCCAAUCCUCUACUGCUUUGUCAAUGAAGGAGCCCGCAACGAUGUGAGCCGUGCACUGGCCGCCCUGGUAGGCCUCUUCCACCGCGGUCAAAACACUGAUACACUGAUGGGAGGUUCCAUCACUGUGGAAACACCUUUGGCCACCAAGAAGCCAGACCUCUAUGGAGAGGUCAAGACAAAUUCCUAUAAAAAUGACAUUGAGGCGCUGAAAGAGGAGUGCCUUCAAAUGACCAAACUUAGUGUUAAAAAGUGAACUUAUGAACAGACACAAUGCGGAUGUAGGCACACUUUUGCUAAGUGAACUUCAGGGACUGUGCGUCUCAGGUUUUUCUGCACACACAGAUUCCGUCAGCAAUGCCUGUCUUAAAAUGUUGGUGUAAAACUCUACUGUUUGAAUGUUAUGCAGGAUGCCUUGUUUGAUACUGUUGUUGAUGAUAAUUUGCAAAUGAUACUGUUUUCUCCCUCCAAAAUGAUUUAACCUUCUUUACUAUUGCUACUGUGAUGAUUCAUUACUUGUUUUAAGCAUGUUUCUUUAUUUAUUUGUAGCUCAUGCCACCGUGAAGCUCAAAACAAAUACAAAAUGGCCAAAAAUGAUGCAAGACCAUCAUGGCAGGGCUCUGACGUUUUAAUGAAUUAGUAACUUUUUUCAUGAAAUAUUACUUCUGACUGGUUAGAUACAAUGUUUCAUUUUUCUAAAACAGUUUAUGCUGCAAACUCCAUAACAGGACUGGAUUUUAGCAAAACUUGAGUAAUUUCUUAAUGUGUCAGAUGAAACAGACUUAUCUUGAAAGUCAUCUAAUUGUUAACUGUUAAAAGUACAAUCACUAUUUUACAUACACUUUGUGUGUUGGAAUUUGUAGCUGAUGGCUGCAAUUUAAACUGAACCUAUAAAGCUGUGAUCAUAAUUUUUCCAUACUGAAGAAAGAUAAUAUGCCUUGUCUGUGAUGGUUUCCAUUGUUAAAGCAAAUUAAAUCCAACUUUGACUGAGGCAAAUAAUGAUUUAUAUUAUGUUAAUGGCACUAUAUGUAAUGUGCAAAUAUUGUGCAAGUCAGAUACCAUCGUUCAUUUAAUUAAUUUCCAGUCAAAACAGCCACAAGUACAAGCAUCUAAACAUAUAUUUAACAGUCAGUUACACAGAAGCCUCAACAGCUAAGUAUAAUAUCUGAAUUUUAGUAUUUACCAUGUCCACUCUUUGCCAGUACUACAGCUUCCAUUCUUUUCAGGAGACUUGCUUUCAGCCUCAGAAUUUGGUUGCAUUUUCUGUUUCUCACAAUCCAAGUAUUCUCAAACACAGUCCAUUGUUCUGAGAACACCAGCAGCUUUCUUCUCCUUUUCUCAGUAGCAACUUCUUGACAGCAAUACAUCAUUUCAGAUUCAUAGUGUUGUCUUUUUACAGUGAAAGAAGGGAAAGAAAAGAUUUUUUUUUCAGAUCUGAAGAACAAGUGAAGCUUGAUUUUCUGUAUCUCUGCAUUUUCUCUGUAUAUUUGUCAUUGUAUAUGUAUCAUUGUUUAAACUACAGGUUUGUAAACUCCUGUUUUUUCACUUAUUUUCCAUUGACUUUCUUUAGACAUGUCAAUCAUCUUGUCUUAUCUACACAAAAAUAUCUCCAGAAAAAUAACUUUUUGGCUGUUUUGACCAGAAAUUGAUUAAACGAAUGUCUCUGACUUCUGCGUAUGUAUCAUGUAGUGUGCUGGUACACAUUAAAUUUGAUCCAAGAACAUGUUGCAAAGCAUUGCAGUUUUGUAGCAGAGUUGUACUGAUUGACUUCUUCUGCUUGUGAAAUAAAGGAUAAAGGUCUUGGAUUCAGAGCAUUGUAGUGGCGAUUGCAAAAAUGAUAGUGUUUUGGGGUUUGCAGUAACUGUUUUGGAAGUGUGACUAUUCCCAGAAUUGUUGAUACCUGUAAUAAAACAGUCUGUGAUAUUUCUGAAGCCAGUGUACAUGAUAUCUGAGGGCCAGGGGUAUGUUAUUAACAUGUGUUAAACUACAUAUGUCACUCUAUUGUUUGCAGUUUGUCAAGUGUGUUCAGUGACCCACAAGCACCCAGAAUGGAAAUCUGUUCAAACAAUAGACUUUGCAUAUGUUUACAUUUGUUCUUAGAUGCCUUUGUGGAGCUCUCCACUGUAAAUCCUGAAUGUCUUUCAUCAGCUAUAGGUCUGAAACUCAUUUGAACGUCCCUGUUAUGCCAAUAAAUGACAUCAGCCAUUC